UCCAUCACUCCGUUUUCCUAUAAACCCCAGAUUGAGAUCUCUCUAAACCAUUCUUUCUGAAUAAUAAUCCUCGUUUCUUCCACUUCCAGGGUUUUAUCAUUCGUUCAUGGAGUAUUUCAAGUCUCUCCCUGUGGAAAUCGCAUUAGAGAUUCUAACGGGUUUACCAAUAGAAUCAGUUCUGGGAUGCAAAUUAGUAAGCAAAACCUGGAGAAAUCUUGUUCUUCACCCAUCAUUCUCAAAGAUGCACUUCCAUCAUCAUCUCUUAAAUCCUGAUUCUGAUUCUGGUAAGCUAAGUUUUCUCGCUAUGACUCGGUCUGAAAUAGGAAAUAAUGAAAAUUUUCAGUAUUUUGAAUAUAAUCAAGAUAAUGAGUCUACACCAAUUGAAAGCAUUAGAAGGAUUAAUUUAAUAUCCCCGUUUAUCGAUACUAGAAUUGUUGGUUCAUGUAAUGGCUUGAUCUGUCUUGCUUCUGGAGGCACAUCUUUGAAAGUACGACCUCAUUGCAUAUGUAACCCCAUCACCAAAGAAUAUGUUUUGCUUCCAGAAAUCAGGAUAAAUUGUAAUAUUAGUCAGUAUAUUGUCUCCAUGAGCGGAUUUGGUUAUGUUUCUUCGACCAAUGAGUACAAAGUUGUAGGAAUGUUUAUGUUGAAGAAGACCCAUCUUCUCGAAGUCCACAUUUAUACUCUAGGCAGUGGGUUUGGAUGGAGAAACAUUGGAAACUUCGAUUGUCAUAUCAACAAUUGUUCUUGGCAACAUAGACAAGGUAUCUUUGCUAAUGGAGCUCUUUGUUGGCUGAAGCUGAAAAACGAUAUAUCCGAAAUCAUUGCCUUUGAUUUGUCUCAGGAAAUCUUUUGUGAAAAUCUUUUGACACCUCCCUCGCCACCAGAGAGUUAUUCUUUAGGUAACAGAAUAGGGGUUUUGGAUGGGGUUUUCUUUUUUGCUAUUUGUUCAGUUAUCCAAGGAGUCGUAAGUUAUGACGUGUGGCUACUCAAAAAGAAGAAUGGCAAUCACGACAUGAAAGAUCAGGGAGAGGAACAUCAGUCAUUCAUUUGGAGUCGAGAGUUUGAAAUAUAUGAUAUCGAAUUAUUAGCCAUUACAAAGAGUGAUGGUGUUUUAUGCCUCUGGGAUAAUUAUCUCAACUUUUACGACCUAAAAGCCGCAACCUCUAAAUGGCUUGUGGAUUUGAAGAAACUGGUAGUUCAAGUAUUGCCUCACAAGAAUACCUUAGUUUCGUUGAAGGAAUUAGGGGAAGAAGGUACAAAAACAAUGGAGUCAAUAGAAGCCAUGAUCAGCCAUUGAAGCAGCUGUAAAAGGAUGAGAUCACUGCGUACGCACUUGUAUACUGUUGCAGGCUACAACCAGCAUUAAGAACAAUCACUCUGUUGGCAUCGAGGAUUUUGGCAUCUUCAUUUAAUGGGUUUCAAGUUGUACCAUUUCUUGACACAAGUUUCUGGAGAUGUCUGAGUCUGUUCGCAAUAGCAUGGAUAUGGAUGUAAGCUUUAUUCAGUAGCCCAACACUAGCUCUGCCAAAACUGUUAUCGAUGUCUCAUUCCUUAGGCUUCUGUACCAUUUUUACUUUUCCUAUUACUAGCGACUUGAGAGAUCCGAGUGAAGAAUCCUUAGCUCACAGUUUCCGAGGUAAAAGCUUCUGAAGCACUCUAAGGAGUCCCACAAUGAUAGCCUAUAACUGUUUCAAAAUCAUAACUCGUUGUUGGCCUCCAUAUAAGCCUUUUGUGCUUCUGCUAACUCUAGGAAUGUAUUGUUGGUUGAUGCGACAAGGAUAAAUACAAAGUAAUUAUGGAAGAACCUCGCAGAGAUGGUAGCACAUGUUAAACUUCUUGAUAGCAUUGAUUGUCCAAAAAUAUUAAGUCUUAUUAAUAUCUGUUUCAUGUUCUUCAUUAAUGGCUGAAAUCAGCCGGAAAUUUACUGGUAAUUUUGAUGAAUGUGGGGUGGUUCAACGGGACAUCUUUUUUUAAGAGAACUAUUGAAAAUUUUGUGCCGAUGUUACUUCAAGAAGAUCGAAGCUUGUUUAAGGUGUGCCCCAGGGCAGAGCAUUUUGUCGAUAAAGUCUGCCUGCUUUGGAACGCCAGAAGGUUCCCGCAGGCUUUAGAGGAGUUACCAUGUUCACAAAUCGUACGAUGCAUUUGAAAAGGUACAUAUUUAAAUUCAUUUGCUUAUGAUGUUCUUGCAUUUUACAUUUAUAUCGCUCCCAUAGAGUACAUGAAAGUUAUUCCCAACUCGAGCAAGUUAAACAUUUGCUAGGUCUACAGAGUUGAGGAUAAGGAUUUACUAGGCACAAAAGCAUACUCUUCUGUUCUGCUUAAAACUUAGAAUGUUAUCUCAGAGGUGCGUUGGACAGGAAUUAUGUUUCUGUAGCUCCUGAGCUUUUGGAGGAGAUCCAUGUCCAAACAUUAUGAAACAUCUCUCACUGAUCGUGACAGGGUUCUUAGAAAAUCAAGAAAUUAAAGGCAUCACAAUUUCGAGGGUUUUUCUUUUGUAUAUAGGUUGUUUGGAUUCUGUCACAAUAUUUAUGAUCUGAAAUUAAACUUGCAAUAUUAAGACGGAGAAUCUAUUUAGAUUAGUCACAGCACUUACCUUUUUCUUUUGACCCCCACGGCAUAGCCAUCACGUAGUUUAUGAUUACUGUAGAUAUAUUUGAGUCCUGUUGUUGGAAGUAUUGGUACUUCUACUUUUCCAAAAUUGAAAAUAUGAUGUUUCUAGCAUGAAAAUGAAUAAUAUGUCGAUUAAGUGAUGGUAUGCAGGACUAUAUCCUUUUCCUUCUCCCAUGUCCUGGUUUAAAGAUUCUGAAAUGGUUUUUGAUUUCUUAACUGGUGAAAUAUGCUUAUGGAGGGGUUAAGAUAGUAUUCGGUAGCCAAGCUAUCUGUCUUUGGGUGAUUACCCGUUUACAUGGGGAAAAAAGCAAUUUCAACGCGUUGGCAGAAUUUUUAUGAUAUAUUGCACUGAACUGUCAAGGUUUGGCUUAACUUUUCCUCUAGAUAGACAGAGAGCUUGCAACCCUGUUCACAUGAUGUAGUUAACUUGCCCCAUUAUGGUCUACUUGUUCCUUUUGGUUCCAUCCGGAGCGGUAGGAUACAUAGAUGGCGGCUUUGCUCCUACAGAAUCAAUAGUCCAGAGAAGGCUUCAAAAUUGGCUUCUAGUAUCAGUCGGCUUUUGGUAUCAAUCAAUGAUCGAGAGAAGGCUGAGAAAUAAAACCUGGAGAAUCAAGUCUCUGAAUGAAACUCAAGAAUGAUAUUAAGAAGUCAAAACUUUAAGAAAAUCUGGCUGUGGAGCCAGGUGAUAAAGAACGAUGGAUGAGUAAUUUUACAGCACUUAGUGACUGGAUGUCCGUUGAGUUAUAAUUUUGUGAAGAUCUUCCAUUUUAUUUUGUUAAAUGAAGGCAUUUCUGGAUUAUAAUUUCAAGUCCUUUUAACAUUGUGUUGUAUUUGGUGAUCGGGACUUGGGAGAUAUUGCCAUAUGGGUUUGGAAGCCUCUAAACAAAGAGGAUAAAGUCUUCUUUCGGAGCUAAAUCAAAUCUUUAUCAAUGUAUUUUGAAUUUGUUUGUCUUGAAUAUAUUAUUGUAUGCUGGAUUUGGUGGUUGGGAAUCUGUACUUGGUUUC